AUGAAUGCACCUCCAGACACCUCUCGCAGGUAUUCCCAGAGGAUCUCGACCGUUCUACGUCUCUGCCAGAUCAAAGUCAUCCGUGAGCAGCUCGAGUCUCACCUUACUAAGCAGAAUCUCAAGCUAGAGAUCGACCAGCUCCGCGAGACCUACAAUGAAUCCGUCGAGCAGCUCCAUUUGGCUGAGAAACUCAUCGAGGAGCUCUCCACUGAAAAAAUCAGACUCAUGUCUGAGAGACGGAGUCUCUCCAAGAGAUGUCAAGAGGUGGGCAAGGCUCUAAAAGAUGCACGUCAUCAAGCCGAUUGGUUCACGGCACAGAGGAAAUCGAUUCAGGAGAAACUCCGGGAGGUUGCGGCCGACGCCACGCGAGAGCGGAUCCGAAACGAAAGGACAAAAGAACAACUGCAGGAAGAACAGCGUAAACAGUUGGAGCUUGAAAACUUCUUGAAAGCGGGCCCGCACUCCUUCCGGGGACUGGUUCCCGACGCCGCGUUCGGAGAAAUCCAGAUAGGCCCCGCGGAAAUCGCCGCCGACGACUACGACGACGAACAGCAGCCGAAGGAGGCGUGGAAUCAGGUUCUCCUACUCAUAGCCGCGCGGCAAAGGUCCUUGGAUACCAACGUUCAAUUAUACGAGCGUCUCCAGAGUAUUCUCGGUGAAUGUCGCAGCAUCAAGUUGCAAGUUGACGAGCUUGAAUCCGAGAGGAAUAAACGUCAGAGCGUCCUGGUGAAGAAGAAACUCUUUCUCGAGGGUCGUGUUGUGAUGCCCGGCGAUGAAAGCCGACCUACCUGUUGUCUCCGUAGAGUUCCCACACACCGUGUUCGUGUCAUAGGAGCCGACGGAGUGGGAAAAUCGUGCCUUAUUCAUCAGCUAAUAGAGAGUGAGGAUCUCUGCUCAUACCAAAAUAUCGUAACUACCCCCGACUCAUCGAGCGACACCCUGCCUGAACUGCCAAAAACGCGACUCAUCUUAGACGAUGAAGAGAGUGAAUUGGUUUUCGAAGAGACUCACAAAUCCGAGGUGACUGCACAGGAUCUGAUCGAAACCGAUGCGUUUCUCAUCGUCUAUUCCAUGGCCGAUGGGGAAAGCUACGAAUUCGCUGAAUCUAUUCUCGGACGCUUAAGCGAUCAGGAUCUUUUACGAAAAGCGAUCAUCGUUGUAGCAAAUAAGGAUGACUUGAACCGCUGCAAGGUUAUCACAAUCAAAGAUGGACGCACACUCGCUGAGCAACACAAAUCGAAAUACGCAACAAUAUCAGCGUUCAUCGGGCACAAAACGAAUCAUCUUCUCGUUGGCACCCUGAGACAGAUCCGUCUGAUCGAAAAAGUGGAAACGGUGCAAACAGCUAAGAAACGUCUCUCGAAUCUCCCGAUCAUUCAGCUCCCCGAGGGAGACAUCUUGGACCCAAACGAUCAAAGUAUUUCAUCUAAUCACUGGAUGUGCGGCGACCUCUUCGACAUGACGAAGGACUUUUUGUAUUCGGUGUGGAACAAAUGUUUCGUCAAAAACCCGAGACAGUGCGAGAACCUGAAUGUUCUCUGA